UUGAUGCUUUUAGUUGGGCCGUCCAUACGCGUGCCGCACUUAAGUGCGGCCCACCACACGGGACACAAACUACUACAGUCAAUCAGCGCAUCUCCCGCGCCUUCCGAAUUCUGACAGUUUGUUGCCUUGCGCUGGUUGCGGAAUGCGGAUUGUCUCUUCUUAUCCCCCUUCGACUAUUCCACCCCACCACAUCCACAUCCAUUCAAUCAAGACCAGCACACUGCCGCGCUCCGCAGGUCUUCUCUCCUACAAAACAAAAAAACCAGAGAGAAAGACAACACGGCCAUCACGCGCAAAGCGAGACUACCUGGAGCUAUGCCACUCCGCUUGGCGGCCUGCCGCGUCUUCCUGCUCCUCGCCGCGGCCGCGGCCGCCGCCACCUCUCCGUCUCCGGUGGCAACGGCCACGUCCAACGGCUCCGCGAACUGCACCCUCCGCGACGGAGAAAUCGUCCGCGCGGCGUUCAGGCAGGUCGCCAACUUCCCCUUGCCGCUGCCCGGCCGCCGCCGCGCGUGCCGCCACGUCAGGCGGCUCCGCUUCCCGUCGCGCAACCUCACGGGCGCCGUGGACUGGGACGAGCUAGGCAACCUGAGCGGCCUCCUCACCGUCGACCUCUCCGGCAACUCGCUCCACGGCCGCGUCGGCAGCUCGUUCUGGCGCGCGCCGUCGCUCCGGGCCGUGGACGUCUCCUGCAACCGCCUCGAAGGCGCCCUCCGGUUCGGCGGCCACCCAGGCACGCGCCUAGCCACGCUCAACGUGUCCGGCAACCGGUUCACCUCCGUCGAGAACGUGGCCGGGCUCUCCGGCUUGGUCGGCCUCGACGUGUCCAGGAACGCCAUCGGAGCGGUGCCGGAGGGGCUGCGGGGCCUGACGCUGGUGCGCCAGCUCAACCUGUCGUGGAACAACAUGGCCGGGACGUUCCCCACCGACUUGCCGCCUCUCGCCGGCCUCCAGGUCCUGGACAUCUCGCACAACGACUUCUCCGGCGCGGUUGACGCCGACACCAUCCGUAAGUUCGGCAGUUCCUCCUUCGUCCAAGCCGGCGACGCGUUGCGGGUGGUCGAGGACCUCGCGCCGGCGCCGGCGCCGGCGUCUAGUGGCGGCAGACACAAACGCAGACGUGCGGUCACCAUGGCGCUGGUCUCAGUCGGCGCAGCGGUGACGCUGGUGUUCUUGGCCGCGUGCGUGGCGUGCGCCAUGACGCGUCGGUGGAAUAAGAAGAAGAAGGACAAGGACAAGGACCGGAAGACAGCGGCGUGGGAGGACGACGAGGUGGCCGUGGGGGCGUUGAAGCUGGCCGCCGCCGCGCCGGUGGUGGUGCUCGAGCGGCCGCUGAUGGAGCUGACUCUGGCGGACCUGGCCGCGGCCACGUCCGGGUUCGGGCGCGAGUCGCAGCUCGCGGACACGGGCGGCCGCAGCGGGGCCGCGUACCGCGCCGUGCUCCCCGGGGACCUUCACGUCGUCGUGCGCGUCGUGGAGGGCGCCGUGGCCGGAGUUGGGGAGGACGCCGACGCCGCCGCCACCGAGGCUGCCUUCCGGGAGCUUGCCCGGCUCAGACAUCCAAACAUUCUCCCGCUCCUUGGUUACUGCAUCGCAGGGGACCAAAAGCUUGUGCUCUACGAGUACAUGGAGAAGGGCGACCUGCACCGGUGGCUGCACGAGCUGCCAGUGGGCAGCAUGGACACGGAGGACAUAUGCAUCGACGCAAUGGAAGCCAUGACGGAAGACAGCAGAAAGCCCGCGGGCGACUGGCCCACGCGCUACCGCAUCAUCCUAGGCGUCGCGCGAGGGCUGGCGUUCCUGCACCAGGGAUGGGCCGGGGCCGGGGGCGGGCGGCGGCCGAUCGUGCACGGGCGCCUGGUCCCGACCAACGUCCUGCUCGGCGACGACAUGGAGCCGCGGAUCUCGGACUUCCUCCCGCACCCCGGCGGCGGCGGCGGCGCCGAGACGGCGGAGGGCGACGUGUACCGCUUCGGCGCGCUGGUGUUCGAGGUGGUGACGGGGCAGGCGCGGUGGGGCGACGCGGCGACCACAAGCUGGGCGCGCGGCGUGGUCCGCAACCGCAAGGGCCUCAACCUCGUGGACGAGCGGCUGCGUGACGAGACGGCGGGGACGGGCGCGGAGAGGGAGCUGCUCGAGUGCCUGCAGGUGGGGUUCCUCUGCACGGCCGCCGCGCCGGAGAAGCGGCCCACCAUGCAGCAGGUGGUCGGGCUGCUCAAGGACGUCCGACCGGCCGCCACCGCUGGAGGUGGCGUGCCGCCGCCGCCGCUCAGGUCGCUGGCCGAAUGAUGCGGUCGUGAGCUAUAGCGCACGCGCGCCAGGACGUGGUGGCGGUAGCUGGAGAGAGAGGACAGAGGAGAGUAGCGAGGCACGGUGCUCGCAUCGCAGCACGGGCACGGCAGGCUGCUGCUUUUCGCACGGUAGCUCCCAAAUCCAAGAAGAUUCGUAGUGAUUUCUGGCCUGGGGCAGCCCGAAAUACGCCUCCGUGCUCUGCUUUUUUGGUGGUCCCGCUUUUGGUUUGGUGUGCAGUGGUGUUCCUUCCUGUCUAGUUUUCGUAGAAGGUAGGAUGGCAUUUUUAUUGGUUGGUACGCUACGUACUACUCCAUCAGCUUUGCACAUUUGUCAUUGGACACGAGGUGCCUGGAGUGAGAGUUCGUUUUGAUUGCACCAACGUUCUAUACUUUUGCCUUGACCGGGAUGGAGAGCGCCCAGUGUCACCUACGUUAGGGCAUUAUUGUUCCAAGGUGCGUACGCAACAUAUAACAUGGAUCUUUCACCCCAAUUCGGAUUGCCCUCAUGUCAGUGACUGGUACAGUGGCACUGUACGCAGUACUGCACUGAAUUCAAUCUAUUUUCAUCCACAGCAGAUUCCCUCUUUUUUUUGUAUUAUUAUUAGUGGCAUGUUAUAAACAUGUAAUUAUAUGAGAUA